AACCCGUCUCCAUCACCGGAUCACAGAAGCACGACGGCCCAGUCGCCCCCGCUCACACCCCCAAAUUACAUCCAAAAUCUUGCAAAACCCAUUCAAUGUCUCACUAGUUGCAGCUAUUUCCGUCUCCAUAGCUCGAAUUUCUGCGCGAAUGCUCUGAGAUUCAUUCUCUUUGCGGUCGCGUUGGGUCGAAGCGGGAUUUGUCCGGCCCGGAAAUGGAAGCUUUCGACCUCCCAGUCUUCGACUCCAACACCGGCCUGCGUUGAUAGAGAAAGACAUAAGGGGACGCGCGUGCACAUGGCAAGGCGCGUUUACGAACUCUGGAAAGGAAACAACAUAUUUUUUCUCGGCGGAAGGUUGAUAUUUGGACCUGAUGCAAGGUCAUUGCUCAUCACUUUACUACUAGUCACAGUGCCAGUUACCAUUUUUUGUGUCUUUGUUGCAAGACAUCUACGCCAUCAGUUUUCACCUCUCGAUGCUGGAUAUGCUGUUUUAGUGGCACCGAUUGUCUUUACCAUUAUCGUAUUGGUGUUACUUUUACUAACUUCAGCACGUGAUCCUGGUAUUGUUCCACGUAAAGCACAUCCUCCUGAGGAAGAGAUUCGUUAUGAUGCAUCAGCAUCAGCAGAUGUUGGAGGAAGGCAAACACCAAACCUUCAGUUUCCUCGAACAAAGGAAGUUAUGGUUAAUGGAAUUCCUGUAAGGGUCAAAUAUUGUGAUACCUGCAUGCUCUAUCGCCCUCCUCGCUGCUCUCAUUGUUCUAUUUGUGAUAAUUGUGUGGAGCGUUUUGAUCAUCACUGUCCAUGGGUGGGGCAAUGCAUAGGAUUGCGCAACUACCGCUUCUUCUUUUGUUUUGUUUCAUCCGUGACCCUUCUGUGCAUCUAUGUGUUUGCCAUGUGUGCUUUCUACAUUAAGGUACUGAUGGAUGAUAAUAGAAGCUCAGUAUGGAAGGCAAUGAAAGAAUCUCCAGCAUCUGCAGUUCUUAUGGUUUACUGCUUUAUAUCCUUGUGGUUUGUUGGUGGGCUAACUGGCUUUCACUCCUUCCUCAUCAUCACCAAUCAGACGACAUAUGAGAAUUUCAGAUACAGAUCAGACAACAGGCCCAACAUCUAUGACCGUGGCUGUUGGAACAAUACAUCUGAAGUGUUUUGCACAAAAGUAAGCCCAUCCCGGAACAACUUUAGGGCUUUUGUGCAAGAGGAGGAGGAGACACAACAAGGGCCUCCUCCCACAACUUCCAUGGGAGCUGAAGAAACAGGGGAUGAUACGGACCGGCGUGCAAAGGUAGAAAAUGAUCAAGACAUUGGAGGGGACCUCUUGAGGAUCUCGCGGCGUCAUCAUGACAUUAUUGAAGAUAUUGACAUCCGGAGUAGAGGAGGGGGGAGCGAUGAUGCCUCCCAACACAACAAUUCUUCUGGGGUUGAUGAAUCUGUGCUUGUUGGGGGUGGAACUUUGCUCUCAACAACAAGCAGGGGAAGAAGUGGGAGUUGGGAAAGGGAGAUUGUGCCUGAAGCCGCGCACGAGAGCAGAACCUGUGUUGGGGCUUCAAAGGACGCUUCGUUUCACAUCAACGAAAACCAGCUUGUACAGUCCUAAUGGGCAGAGGGGGUAACUAUUAUUAUUGAGCACCUUUUUUAAUGUUUUUUUUGGUCGCAGGGAAUGUGCCCUCUCAUUAGGCACCGAACUGAAAAGGGCGUCUAGAUUAACAUCUAGGGGAGUUUUUGUGUUUUAACAAAAGAAGAAGACUUGAUCUUAUGGCAAAUUGAAAAUUGGUGUCAUUUUGGUUAAAGAAUCUCUUGGUUUCUUUGUCUUCUUAGGCCGUGUUUGAGAGAAUAUUUUCGAUUAGCGUUAACGAU